UACUUUGUGGGGCCGGGGCGGCGCACAGCUGGAGACACUUUGUGCGCAUUGAAGCGGGACGGCAUGGCCAUUGUGUGCCUCUGCACAUAUCUGCAGGCCGCCGUGAGGCGAGCGGCCUGAAGCCUCCCAGCGGUCUUCCUCGGGGUCUCUCGCUAUGAGCUGCCUGGAUGUCAUGUACCACCAAAGCUAUGGAGCACACCUCCUGCCCGCAGACGCCUACACCUCCACCUCCAGCUACUACAACCAGCAGCCACAGAGGAGGCUGAGCGCUCACACCAAGAUGCAAACCUGCUCGAGCCAGCAGCAAGCUGGAGGACGAGGAAUACUAGCCAGAGACCAGGGCCUUCGGCUUGGUCUCGGGGCCGAAUCUGGAUGUGUGUCAAUACCUGACUUGGAUCUGAAAGACGGACCUCAACCGGCAGAAGCAGAGUACCUCAACUCCCGGUGUAUUUUGUUUACGUACUUCCAAGGAGACAUCGGCGAUGUGGUGGAUGAACACUUCUCUCGGGCCCUCAGUCAGUCAGCUGGACUUACCAGAGAGACGAAGCCGUUUCGUACGAGUCCGCCGUCUGCUUCGAGCACAACAAACACAUGGAAAGAUGGCGAGUCCCUUCCGGAGAGUCAAAACUGCUCGGUCUGGAACAACACCUAUCCAUCCCAUUCCACCACCUGCCUCCACCCAGAAUUCUCAUCCAGUCCCAUUUCCCUUAACCACACCGAUGGAGGUCUUUGGGCUGGCCAUGUGCUCUCCAAUGCCAGCUUCCAACCGCUGGCGACCCUCGCUGACAGCUGGACCUACAGCCUGAACCCCCAAAGCCCGAGCGGCUACCCCAACGUCCAUGAGGUCUACCACCCUCACCCCCAUUCCCACAUCCACACUCGGCACCGCCACCACCACCACCCCAUGUUCCAGUCAUACCCAAGCCACAGCGCGACGUUAGAUUCCAGGUUCAGUCCUCUUCUUCUGCCUGGUGUGAGGAAUCACAACCAGCCCUCAGCCAGUGCGGGAAGUUCCCCGCACAGCGAGGGCGCAAAGACAGAAAUGGAGGCCGGUAGUACAAGCCCGGUCACGGCUUCAUCGGUCUCCUGGACCCCCUCACCCAUCCACGGAUCCUUGGAGUUGUUUGAAGCAGCUCAUGACCCAACCAAAGCAAAGUCCUCCGUUUGGUUCUAAGUCUUGACGUGGAGCUGGAAGACUUCAGACUCAAAGUGGCACCAUGGUACAAACUGAACAGUCCAGACCUGAGAAUACCAGUGAGAACAUCCUUGAGGAGGCAUCACCAUGUACUUUAGGGAUACCAGGACUACGGACCCUUGGUCAAGACCAUCGGACUUGACGGAUGGAACCAUGAAGGGGAGCGUCGGUCGCUGACAAGAGGACAAACGUCUCCUCCGACCUUUAACACAUUUUUUUGAAGGUGUCCAAGUGGUUCUGUUACAGGAACUGUAGUUUUUAUUAGUCUACUUUUGCCUUUUUGGAGGCUGGAUGCUACAUUUGAUUUGUUCUCCUAAAAGGGAUGGUGUGUUGCUAGCGUAUGUUGUCCUGUAAAUAAUAAAUUAUGUCGUUCCAAGGCCUAGAGUUGUUUUGUGAUCGUCUUUAGAAUGCCGGGACCGCGCUUGGAAUGUGACCUUGGCAACCAGUCCAGACUUCUGAACGGCUCCUUCGAGCCUUUUUGCGGAGAAAUGUUUGAGAAGUCUGCGCGCCAAAGUGAGUCGGGAAUAGUUUGGAUUCGCUUUCAAGGGUAAUUGUUCCGCUGUGGAUUUGUAAACUAGUUCAGGUGUGCAACUCUGCAUUCAUCUUUAUUUCCUGUUCCAUUUUUUUAUUGUACUUGUAUUCAUA